AUGGCUGAUGGUGUUUUCAUCUGGGUCAAGCUGGUUUUGCGGGAGCUAGAACUAGAACUUGAUUCCGAGGUCUCCCUGGACGCCCUCUAUCAAGUUCUUGAUACUUUUCCGAAAAAGCUGGAAACCUUUUACGACAGGAUUCUACGCAAGGUCGAGAGACCAGAAGCUUGGGCCGUGUUGGAUGUCCUUGUUGAGACAGCAAAAUGGAGCUUUCCGAGCCUUUUCACCAUUUAUCACCAUUCUCUAUUACGGGGUUUAACAUCAAAUGUUGAUGAUGAUCAAGCAACUUCUGAUGACACACCAUGGCGGGAAGACCUGACACCAGAAUCACAGGCUCUUGUCGACAAUUUCCGAAAGCGGGUCCCCUUACUUUUCCGUGGCAUGGUAGAUGUGAUUCCUGGGGGCCGCUUCCACGAAAACACAGCAUCGGACUGUUUGGCAUUCUCUCAUCGAUCAAUAUACGAAUACCUAAACACUCGUCCGUGCCAGAAAUCCCUCCGGUCUCACGCUGACACUCAAAUAAUGGUAACCAAGUGUUUAAUUAAACAACUCAAUCGUUACCGGGUUUCAAGCUUUGGUUUUGGGCUUGUUAGACGAAGCGCUGCUUCAUCGUCAAACUAA